AUGAUGACAGCCGACUUUGGUGGAAGCAGUAGUAACUCUACAAAAUACACGACCGGUUUUGGAUCUGUUGGUGCAGUAUUCGAUCCGAACGCAGCGAAUCAAGGAUUUGAAAAUGUUCUUAGACCUGGCGGUUUUGGAUUUUCACAAGGAAGUAAUUCGUCAAACAAGUCUACUCGAUAUAUGGGUGGUUAUGGAGGAUUUGAUCCCAACGCUUCAAAUGUUGGAUUUGGAGGAGGUAGUUUUGGUAUGGGAAGUACUGGCACUUCCGGUGGCAGUGGAUAUAUGUCCGCGUCCGAUCCUAAUAAAGUGAACCAAAUAACAAUACAAAAUCCUUUCGAUCGGGGAGAUAACGUCACCAGUAGUGGUGAUAUGACGAAGUACCUGCUCGGCAUCGUAUCAAGAAAUGGUUUUGGACAAAGUAGUGCAUAUAGCUCUUCAUGUAUGUCUGCGUUCAGUCCAGAUUCGGUUAACGUGGCACCCUAUGACCCAAAUAAAUAUAAUCAAGUUCACGUUCAUUUUGACCCAUUGGAUAUGCUAAAUAAAGGCCCAGGCAUAGAUAAAGACACUUUUGUAGCCGCAGCUUCAGCUUUUGAUCCUUACAAAAUAAACAGUUCCAAUAGGCAACAACUCUUUUCACCAAUUGCAAUAUUAUCUGCAAAUUCUGGCAUAGAUUCAAAGGUGCUCUUAAAUCUGAAAUUUGAUCCAUACGCUGCAACUGAAGGCUCCACGAGUACAAACGCUUCCACAUCGUCCACUGGGGCUAAGCAGUCUGGAGAACAGAAUUCUGUGAGUAGCCCACAAAUCCCGGCUGGUUUUGAUGUCGUUGCUUUGAUGGCAAAACUUACCUCAGUCUUCCGUGGUGCAACAGGUGGAUCAUCUUCUAGCGGUUCAUAUUCCAGCGGAUCGUCUACCGGCGUAACGUCGUCCGGAGGAUCAACUUCCGGUGGUUCUAGUUCUGGUGGUUCCUUGUCUGGAUCGGGAUCGAGCUCCGGCGCCUUGCAACAGAACUUGCAGCCACCAUCAUUUCUGUUAAACCCCUCUCAGUUCUUGAGUGGCGGAGGUGCCGGAGGGAGCGGGAGUAGCAGUGCUGGUACUAGCAACGGAGGAAGUAGCGGUGGUGGAAGUAGCAGCGGUGGAAGAAGCUCUUCUGGUGCUAGCUCUUCCGGCAGUAGCCCUUCAAGCGGCACUUCCUCCACUGGAGGUAGUUCUGGUGGUAGCCAAAUGCCUAGCUAUGAUCCAAACAAAGUGAACAUGAUCAAUGCAAACUUUAUGGACCCCUCCUCCUUCAAGCUGGGACAAGGAGGCAGUGCAAGUGGAGGGUUCGAUCCUGACGCCUUUAAUUCACAGUCAUUCAGCUUCUUCAACCCCUCAGCAUUUACAGGGAAACGUCGUCGUCAAACAGCGCUCAGGAUAAAACGUCAGUCCCAGACAGGUGACAGCGGAGGACAAGCUCCUAGUUUCGAUCCAAACAGCGUAAAUCAAUUAACUGCUAACAUGUUAGACCCGACCAAACAACAACUAGGAGCAAAUAAUGGUGCUGGAUCUGUGAACGGUGCUUCGUUUGAUCCUGAUCAGUUCAAUACUAUGCAGUUCAACUUCUUUAAUCCACAAGCUCAGUCAGGCGGCGGCGGUGGUAGCGGAGGAAACAGUAGCGGAGGAGGAUCCGCACCGACGUUUGACGCAAACAAUGUGAACCAAGUCCAGACAAACUUCCUUGAUCCCUCCCAGUCUAAACUUGGACAGAGUGGUGGAGGAGGGGGCGGUGGCUCUACCGGAAGUUUCGAUCCAGACAAAUACAACUCCAUGUCUUUUAACUUCUUCAAUCCACAGGCACAAGCUGCAGCAAUAAUAUGUCACCAUACAA